AUGUGUAUGGCUGAACUAUAACGGAAGGAAAUGUAAUAUUUGCCUUGUUGUGGCGUAGGAAAAGACCUAUUUCGUAUGACAAUAUUUGAUCAGGCAACUACGAAGUUUGAGAGAUUGUGUAAACAAUUUCAGCCUUUGAAUAAGUGUAAAGGAAAGUGGUAUGAAAUAGAAAAUAGUUAAGCCGCCAGCGCGAGAUUCGCAGCGGCAACGAGUAGGAGCUGUCGUGUUGGUCGUCGUUCAUCGCUUUGUUCAGCUCUCGUUUGCUGCCCGGCGUUCCCCCCUGUGUUGGGCACCACUGCGGGCAUUCGCUGCGCCUGGAGCUUAUGAGGCCAAGGAGGACGGAUGGUCUAGCAGUGUGACAUCUUUGGUUGUAAGAAUACCCCUGAAGCAGUGAAUUAUGAAGCCAUCUGGAGGACGACCGCAGCCUUAUCUUUGCUUAUGUUGUGGCAAAGCAUUUGCAAAAAACAGUGAUCUAAAGAGGCAUACAAUGAUUCACACUGGGGAGAGACCUUUUGUCUGUGAAACUUGUGGUCUUGGUUUUAUUGAAAAUGCAAAGCUUAUUGUUCAUAUGCGGCAUCAUACAGGUGAAAGGCCGUUUGAGUGUAAAGAAUGUGGCAAAAGCUUCAUAAAAAAGAGUGAUUUGAAGAACCAUAGUAAAACCCAUUCUGGGGAGAGAAACUUCAUAUGUGGUGAAUGUGGAAAAGGUUUCCUCAAGAACAGUGAUCUGAAAAGACAUACACGCUUGCAUACAGGAUAUAAACCUUUUGUAUGUAUUGUGUGUAACUUGAGUUUUUCAGAGAGUGGGAAGUUAAGGAAACAUUUAAUGGUCCACACUGGAGAAAAGCCAGUUGAGUGCGAGGACUGUGGUAAGAGGUUCACACAAAACUCAGAUCUUCGAAGACAUAUGAGAGUGCAUACAGGAGAGAGACCAUAUCAUUGCUUGCUUUGCAAUCAAAAUUUUAGUCAGAGUCAUACAUACAAGGAGCAUAUGAAGCAGCAUGUGGCUGUGGAGAUGACUGAACCAGAACAAGAAGAUGGGUUUGAUGAUUCUAACCAGAUUAUGCCCUCAGUGAACUUGAUACUAAGCCAGGUAAAUGAUGCAUUACAAAGUCAUGGCGAUAAUGCAUUACAGGGGCAUGAGGCUGCCUUAUUGCAGGCAGAAGGCAAACCUGGUACAUCUGAUUGUUCUAUGGAUAAAGAUAAUGAUGGUGGUGGAGCAAUUGUACUAAACCCUAAGACAGAAUUAGCUGAGGAAGAAAUGCUUAGCUAUCUAGGAGAAGCAGGUCUUGGGGAUGUGACAGCUGCUGCAACCUCAGGUGUCCCAGUUUAUGUUAAACAAGAAGGGGUGUAAUGAAGACAGGUUAGAAUGUAUUAUUUACAAGUGUAAACUGUGUGAUAAAUAAACACCUUUACUUUAUUUCAAUCUACAUGAGAAAAAUAUUUGUUAUUGAUAUGCACUGUAUGUUUGUGUACCUGUUAUGAGCAGUAAAUCUUCAUUUGAAAUAUUUUAGGCUUAUAUAUCAACACUGAUGCUAAUAUGAAGACCUAUAUGAAGGGAUUAUCAUAUAUAUAUGUGUGUGUGUGCGUGUGCGUGUGCGUGUGUGUGUGUGUGUGUGUGUGUGUGUGUGUGUGUGUGUGU